AUGUCUUCAGAGCCAGGGGCAGAUGCUGACGCCAGCAGGAGAGGCCUGAAGAAGCCACGUCCGUUCAGCAUCGAGGACAUCCUCUCCAGCCCCGUGGAGAAGAGCCCCCGGGUCUUGGUGCCACUGUGCCUACGGAGCAUCUUGGACUGCACACCCAAGCAGCUGUGUGAGCUGGAGACCAUGCCAGCCAGCUCCCUGCAGGAGGAGGAGGAGGAGGAAGAGGAGGAAGAGCUGGAAGGGACAGGCUGCAACUGCUGCUGCUGUUCUCACACGAGCGGCCGUUCACUGCAGGACCUGCCGGGGUGGCUGGAUGCCCGGUUCCCCUGGCCCAUGCGGCUCUUCCACCCGGCAGUCAGGGUCUGUAAGAGUCCCCAGGAGAAGUCAAGCGAGCUGCAGACCUUCCACCAGAUCCAGCACCGGACACGCCGGCACCGCACCAUCUUCACCGAGGACCAGCUGCAGGCCCUGGAGACGCUUUUCCAUCAGAACCAGUACCCGGACGUCGUCACCCGCGAGCACCUGGCAAACCGCAUUCACCUGAAGGAGGAGAGGGUAGAGGUUUGGUUUAAAAACCGUCGGGCGAAGUGGCGGCAUCAGAAGAGGGCGACUGCCUCAGCACUGAUCCUUCAGGGCCCCAAGCAGCCCCCCAAGGAGAGCUGUUAGUGGUCCCAGGCUGCAGCUCAGCAGAGAACACCAGGAGCACCCACUGCCCGUAGCUGACAGGCUCUGGGGGGGGGGUAACCGAGGGGGACUAAUGGAGCAAAAGGGAAUCUCUGUGGUUCACAGAGGAGGAGGACAGGUAAAAGCAGACAUGGCACUUUCACAUCCCUCUUCCAAACCUAGUUCAUGUGGCAAAUAACUCGUCAGGCGUGAUUUGCAGGUGACAGAACUGUACUGGUGUUAAAUGUGGGUGCUUUAAGAGAAGGGGAGACUCCCCUUUUUGUCUUUGCUCUGUGCACGUAGUAUUUGUGCUCGUUUUAGUGAUGUAGAUUUGCAAAAUAUCCUGCAAAUGAAUGUUUCCUGUUUGCAGCA